AGUUCCCAAAGUGGGUCAGAAACAGGAACACGAUAUGUGGUCUUCAUUCUCCCUCGUCGCUCCACCUGCUCCUUGUUCCUAUUUUCUCAUUUCCAAUCCCAAACAUUACCCCGCCGUCGCCGCUCAGCCCAGCCGCCGCCGCUCUCUGACGACCCUUGAGAACGACGGCGUUUCCCCUGGCCAAGUCGGCGAAUCGGGUCACACUCUCCUCACGACUCUUCAAUCCAAUCCAGGACGGCGCCUGCAAGAAGGAGAGGGACCUCAGAUUAGUGGCUCGGAUGUGCUCUGGGCAUUGCAGAGAGCCAGCGAGCGUAAGAAGAAGAAGAAGAAGCAGAGGAGGGACGAGGAGUCAUCCCCUGUGAGCAGUCGGAGGGAAGAUGCAGACGGUAAUGUGGACUAUGCCAAUGUUCGUCCCCUGCGUAUUAAGAGUGAGUGGGGUGAUAAAUUGGACGACCUGGAGAAGCAUCUUCGUGAGCUUUCUGAUAUAAUCUGAUAUGUGAGUUCAAGCAAGCUUGUAACUUUUCGCAUUCCAACCGUAAAUAUGCCUUUCGUCCACCUCCAAUUUUGUUGCAUAUUUGAGUCACCUUUAUACAACUACUGAAGGGAUAAUAAUUUUAUUUUCAACAAUCUGUAUUUGAUUUCUUGGUUGAAGAAAAGAUUUGACGGAUACAGGUUUGGAAUUCUGUCGUCGCGCAAUGAAUCAUCGCGUGUUUGGUGAAAACAAGCAGAAUUACAUGCCCU